UUCACCUCAGCAGCGGACAGGACACACUGAAGCUACACAUCACUGAGAAAUUCAAUCACGUUUUAGGAUUCAGAACUUCCCUAAUUGCAGUAUGUACUUUAAUAUAGAAAGAACCACAACCAUGGCACCUAUUCUACUCAGUAUGGGGACGGACCCUUCUGGAUACAUCGAUGUUACUGUGUCUGGACCCAGACAGACAGAGGUUCACGUGAAGAACCCCCACCUUGACACGAUGGAGGAGGACAUCCUCUACCACUUCAGCCUGGGGACCAAGACACACAACCUGCCUGAGAUGUUUGGAGACAUCAAGUUUGUGUGUGUCGGUGGCAGUGCCAACCGCAUGAAGGCCUUCGCCCAGUUCAUCCACAAGGAGUUGUCUCUGCCUGGAAGCACUGAUGACAUCAUUGAUAUCUGUGAGGGAACUGACCGGUACUCCAUGUACAAAGUGGGGCCUGUGCUCUCUAUCAGUGUAAGUGGAGCACAACAGUCCUCUCAUCGGAGAACUCCAAGACGCUCAGAUCAUGGCAUGGGAGUCCCCUCUAUCUCCAUCAUGCUCCACGAGCUCAUCAAGCUCCUGCACCACGCACGCUGCCGAGACCUCGUCCUCUUCAGAAUCGGCACCUCUGGAGGCAUCGGUGUGGCUCCAGGGACGGUGGUGAUCACAGACAAGGCCGUGGACCACUCCUUCCUGCCCCAGUUUGAGCAGGUGGUCCUGGGGAAGGUGAUCACCAGGAGCACGGUGCUGGAUGAGGACGUGGCCAGCGAGCUCCUGCACUGCUCCUCUGAGCUCCACAACGUCCCCACAGUCAGAGGAAACACCCUGUGCACAGAUGACUUCUAUGAAGGUCAGGGCAGGCUGGACGGAGCGCUCUGUUCCUUCUCCCCAGAGGAAAAGCAGGAGUACCUGAGGAGUGCCCACGAGGCCGGGGUCAGGAACAUCGAGAUGGAGUCCACCGUGUUCGCAGCCAUGUGCAGAGUCUGUGGCAUCAAAGCUGCCGUGGUCUGUGUGACUCUGCUGAACCGCUUUGAUGGAGACCAGAUCUCCACGCCUCACCAUGUCCUGCUGGAGUACCAGCACAGACCGCAGACUCUCGUCUCCCACUUCAUCAAGAAGCGCCUGGGAUACAUCCUUUAAGAUCCACACACCCCAGACGCCUACAGCACCAAACCUUUAUGUGGACUUGUAAAUAGUCAUGUGAAUAUGUGACACUUAUUUAAAGAGAAUUUGAAGCUGCUUUUGAAAAUAUGUUAAAUAUAUUUUACAGAUGUUGACUUGGUUGGAAGUUCUGUUAUUGAUAAAAGGUAUUUUUACUUCUGUGAUCUGUGAGUAAAUGGCUAUGAUGUUGUAUAUCGAUUUGUUACUUUGCUACUUGUGCCACUUUGGAAGUGAAUACAAGUUUUGAAAAUAAAACACUCUCCUACAUUUAUUUU